AUGACGUCCCCGAUACAAACACAUGUCCCUAUAUCCAUCACUAUCUGCGGCGACGGCGGUUGUGGUAAAUCAUCCAUUACAUUGCGCCUUGUCCGCUCGCAAUGGACAUCAGACUAUGACCCAACUAUCGAGGACUCAUACAGUGUGACGCGCCGCAUAGAUGGAGUUACUUACCACCUCGCCCUUACCGACACGGCUGGUCAGGAGGAGUACCGAGGCAUGUGGGCAUCGUCCAACCUUGGCGCUGACGCUUUCCUGCUCGUUUACGACAUCACCUCAAAAGACUCACUCGACGCCCUUCAGCACUUCAACGAGCUUAUCGAUAUGGAGGCCGAGACCCGCCUCGACAACGCUGACCGCGCACGCCGCGCUGGUCUACGCUCUGGCCACGACACCCGUUCCAGGACCAUCCCACCAGUUAAGCUCGUCGCCGGCAACAAGUGCGAUUUGCAAGAGAGCAGGCAGGUUCCCGCUGCUCAAGGCCUCGAGUGGGCGCGCAACCGUGGCUGCGGUUUUAUGGAAACCAGUGCGCGCCUAGAGGUCAACAUCGAGGAGACAUUUGCGCAUGUUGUGCGCCGCGUGGUUGAGGCACGACGACUUGCCGAUGUGAGCAACGAUUCAGCACGUUCGAAUGCGCGUGGCAUGACGAAGCCGUUGACGCCUCUGCCAACUGACAGCGAAAAUGAGAAGCGUGCUGUAGGAGUGCGGGGGCCGACUUUGCAAGAUGAUCAUCUUGGAGGGAAGAAGCACGGUGGCUUCUGGAAGAGUCUGCGGUGUUGGUAA